AAAUAAUUUUUUGCGUUCCCACAGAGAGCGCUUCUUUGCAGCCUACUGCGUUUUGUGCGGUGCAUCGUGUGUUGUCCAAUCUAAUCUCGCGUAUACGAUCUGUGCUUAUUCUUCGCGAACUAUUUACCGCUAAUUUUUUGGAUAUUAAGAUGAAACAUCAACCAGCGAUUUUUUUCAUCUGCGCAAUUAUCAUCGCGGUACGAAGCGAAGCCGAAAUAACCCCCAGUAGAUCGUACGGAGUUCCCCAAGGUGGAUCCUUGGGGGGACAAUACGGGGCACCGCGUCCCCAACAGGGAUACGGCUCGGGUGAUCACGGAGACGGUCACGGCAGUACCGAGCCCCAAGCUUACGAAUUCGGAUAUAGAGUCAAAGACGACUACUCGGGCAGUAAUUUCCACCAGCAGGAGCAGAGCGACGGUAAUCAGGUCCGUGGGGAAUACAAGGUCCAUUUACCAGACGGCAGGACUCAGAUCGUGAGUUACUGGGCGGAUUGGAAGACCGGUUUCCAUGCUGACGUGAGAUACGAAGGACAAGCCAAAUUUCCUCCAGCUCCUCCUCGAGGUCAAUACGGCGCGCCUAGUAACGGCCAACCAGGCGGCGGAUACAACUACCAGAAACCGAGCUCCCAAUAUGGCGCGCCGAACUAAGCCGUUGUUCAGCUGUUAGAGCUUAAUGAGUUUGAUUUAAAAGUUGCAGGAUAAAUUUCAGCAGGGCCGACAACAGCGCAGCCCCAGAAUCAUUCUAGCACGCUCUAGCAUAUGGUUAAGUUUUCGCUGACGUUUUGCUCCUGAUAUACGCUUUAGAUGUACCUGUUUCAUUUUAAUUAAAAAAUUACGUAGCUAAAUUAUCAAAAAAUAAAAUAUAUGAGUUGGUUGGUUAGUUGUAAUAUUUGUAUUUCGUAGCGGAAUU